AUGGCCACUGACUUUUGGUCCAGCUCCCACUUGUGCGAACGCAAGCGGUGGAUCGUCGACCGAGCGACGCUGAAGCAGGCCCGCCUGGACGAUCUGCAGUAUGUCAGUGACCCAGAGCACAUCGAUUUUCUAAACAUCUAUUUCGCAAACGUGAUAUCGAAACUAGGAAAGCGGCUGCAGCUCCGCCAGCGCGUGAUCGCGACCGCCACCGUUUUCUUCCGCCGGUUCUACAUCAAGAACUCCUACUGCGAGACCGACCCCUUCAUCGUCAUCUCCGCGUGCUGCUAUGUCGCCGCGAAGGCGGAGGAAUCUCCCGUGCACAUCAAGAACGUAGUCUCGGAGUCACGGUCACUCUUCAGUCAGGGCUACGGCAUCAAGAACUUCCCCUCGGACAAUUCUAAACUGGCAGAAAUGGAGUUUUACCUCGUCGACGACCUCGAAUGCGAUCUGACGGUGUUCCAUCCGUACCGCACGCUCAUGACUCUCUGCGGAAAGGAGUCUGUAGUCGGCCUUGCCGAAGCGGGUGAGCUGGGGACCGGUAUCGAUGAAGGACCCCGCUAUUGGGGCACAGGCGAGGGGAAACUCGAGCUCCCAGAAGGCGCCUUACAGACAGCGUGGCUGAUCAUCAACGACACCUACCGCUCCGAGCUCUGCCUCCUGUACCCCCCGCACCUGAUCGCCAUCGCCGCGCUCUACCUCACCCUCGUCCUCAAUGCCAACACGCGCGCUAUCAUCCACGCCCAGUCUCAGUCGCACGCCCAGACGCAGGCCGCGCCGCACGCGACCCGCCGCUCGUCGCGCAGCUCGGGCGCGGGGCAGAAGAAGAGCGCGCACCACCAGGACAUCGUGGGCUUCAUGGCGGGGCUGAACGUGUCGAUGUCGCUCGUCGCGACCAUCGCGCAGGAGGUCAUGGGGCUGUAUUCGCUCUGGGAGCGAUACAAGGAGGACGGGACGGACCUUAAGGGCUUCGGGUCGGCGAGCCGCAGCCAGAGCGGCAUCGGCGAGCAGAGCGCGGGGGGCACGCCGUUUUCGACGAAUAACGCGGACGUGGACGAGGCGCAGCGGCAGGUCAUGACGCAGGGUAUGAUGACCCAGAUCGUUAUCGAGAUGAGGGAGGCGCGAUUAGCGGACUUGGCGCAUCCGGCGAAUGGGAUGCCCGUGGCGGUGAAUAAGAUGCUGGAGAGGACGCAGGCGGCGGGAUGAAGCUGGGUACUGAAUGUUUUCGCUCGUCGCUGGUGUGGGAUUUAAUGCAGGGUUUUUUGGUGACAGCGUCUGGUCAUCUGGCGUGCUCGUAUGCAAUGAUACUUGGCUAGAAGUAAUGCCUCGACGAUGUUUGAGUCUUUCGGGGCAAAUACAUUAAACUGCCUAGAGCAAUGAGAUCGCCUUGGUAUGAUUGC